GGCGCGGCGGCCGCCGGCGCGCAUCGCUUCCCGACAAGCGUCUCCAUGGCUGGAAGGAACGCGCUGAUCGUGCUGGCUCACCCCGAGCGGGCCUCCUUCAACCACGCCAUGAAGGCGGCGGCCGCGGAGGCGCUGCAGAAGGCCGGCUGGGUGGUCGCCGUCUCCGACCUCUACGCCAUGAAAUUCAACCCGGUGCUUUCCCGGCAGGAUAUCACCGGCAGCCCGAAGGACUCGCAGAACUUCAACUACUCCGCCGAGGCGGGGCUGGCCUGGAAGGAAGGCCGCCUGAGCAGCGACAUCGUGGAGGAGCAGGACAAGCUGAAGGCUGCGGAUCUUGUCAUCUUCCAGUUCCCCAUCCAGUGGUGUGGCCUGCCCGCCAUCCUGAAAGGCUGGUUCGACCGGAUCCUCACAGGCGGCUUUGCCUAUUCUUACAGUGCCAUGCAUGACCAGGGACCGUUCCAGAAAAAGAAGGCCGUGCUCUCCUUCACCACUGGUGGAACGGGCUCCAUGUACACCCCUGAAGGCAUCCAGGGAGACAUCAACAUCAUUCUGUGGCCAAUACAGAGCGGCACUCUCCAUUUCUGUGGCUUCCAAGUCUUAGAGCCCCAGAUUGCGUUCAGUGUGGCCCACACGCCAGCGGACGUCCGCUCCCAAAUCCUGGAGGGAUGGAAGAAGAGGCUGGCAACCAUCUGGGAGGAGAAGCCACUCAGCUUUGUCCCGGCCAGUCACUUUGAGCUGAGCUUUGCUGGGGGCUUCGUGCUGAAGGAAGAGGUCAAGAAGCAGCAGGAAGAUCAGAAAUACGGGCUGGCGACUGGUCAGCAUCUGGGCAAGCCUCUCCCACCUGAUAAUCAGGUCAAAGCCCAGUAAAAAUAGCUCCCCCUGCUGUCCUCAUCUUCUGAGAGAGAAGUUGGUGGCACAGAAUCCUCAUUUCCCCCCUUCUUGGACGAGUCAAGAGGCACAGUGGCUCUCCCUCCCUCCCAGUAGUGCAGGGACAGCCCACGUGUGACCCUCUUUCUGGGGGGCAGCUCCCAUCAGCCGAGCCAGCACAGUGGGCGGCAAGAACCGCAUUGUCUGGAAGGCCAGCUCGCCUCCUGCACGUGGCGUCUUUCCUGCUCCGAGUCUCGUAGGGCCUCGUAUUUGCCACUGCAGCCUCUCUCCGGCUGCCCCCUUGAGCACCCCAGGGCCCUCCCUCGUUCCGAGUGCAGGAAGCCGUUGUCUCUCUGGAGGCCGUACCGCAGCGCUGCUUCCACAAGAGUAGGGCAUUAACACGACAACAGUGGCAACUGAAACACCCAGGUGUCCUCUGGGAGACACCCGUCCCCGUGGUGGAAGUCCCCUGCUCUAGCACUGGGAGACAAACAUCUUUCUGAAGGCAGCCCGUGUUCCAGCUGCCGGCAUAGUUGAUUUCCCCACAUUUGUUGAAGGUGAAAUAGACGCACGAUCGAAGGCGUCUGCAUGGCACGUGCUGGUGCGAGAGGCCGUGGUAGGGCCUGCCGUGCAUGGGCAAUUCGCCCACAGCCAGAAGAGCACCUUGCUCGCGCUCCGUGACCUCCCAGGGAACCUCCCCGGCCUGGCAUCCCCGCCGUGGACCGACUGGGCUGCCUUUGGCCACGCUGGCUGGGGGGACGGGAAGCCCGGCCCCUUGGGCGGCCCCGUCCUGCAGGAGCUGAAGCCCCCCGCAGGGCUCUUGUGCUGAGAGGCCGCUCCGCAGGAUGGGCCCGGUAUCGCCAUGCCGUUCCUUUCAUGACUGAUCCCCGCCGUUUGAACCUUCUGAAGGGAACAGUAAGACCCUCGCUGGAUUUCUGAAAAAGGAAGGGCUAACCCUUCUACUCGGGUUCUUGGACCACCACCAGGAACGCCUCCCCCUUUUUACAGGCCUCUCCAUGCACCUGGCAGGCUUCAGUCUGAAUAAAAAGGCCUUUUACCGCCCGGG